GAAAGGUGUUGUACUUAUUAAAAACCUAAUGUUAACUUGCUGGAAGACAAAAUGCCUAUUUACACAGUCCCUGCAAGAAGCCCCUCUGAGGCACAAUGUACUACCACUUUGCAGAAGACUUCUUCACAGAAGACCUUUACCAGAAGCAAAGUGUCUGGGCAGCAACUGAAAUCACAGGUGUCAGGAGAAGGAAAGGAUAGUCUGCUUUCAUGUUCUCAGAAUAAGACUGAGGAAGUAAACAGGACCUACGUGAUUUCAGCCUGUAAAAAAGUGGGCGACACAUCAACUACAUUUAAACCUGAAGGCAGAUUAACACUCCAGAGGAGAACUGGUGAAAGCAAAAAAUCAGUGUCCAGUAGUGAACAAUUGCAUACAAACACAACACAGGGCAUGGAAAAUACACAAAUGGAGAAAAGACUUAUUCUGCAGAGGCGUGUGAGGACUGGCUCCAUAGGGAAGAGUAAAAUUAAUCAGAAUACUGUGCCUGGAAUAGAAAAUAAUGACUCUGCUGCACAAAGAAAUUACAAGAUUGCACUUCCACCAAAUAAUAAUGAUGAUACCCAUGAUGUUAAACCAAACUUUAAGUUAGCUGAGGGUCAGUCAAGUACAAAGUUGCAGUGUAACCUGAACAGCAAGGAUUCCUUUGGCUUUGUUGAUGGUCUGUGUGAAAAUGAUAGCUGCACACGUUUAAAAUAUAGGACAAGUGCUGCUGACACAAAAUUUCAAAAUGAAGUUCCUAAAUCAGAACAAUUAGUUACCUCAAAAUAUAUUAAUAGUAUAUCAGGAGAACAACUGAAUGAAAAAGGCAAUAUAAAAAAGCUAGCUGGAGAGCAAAGAUUACAACAUUUGAUUAUAAAACAUAACAGUUUGGAAAGACCAAGGACACCAACAAAAGGUUCAACAGAAGGAUUUAAGCUUACACCAAAGAACAGCACUUCUCAGGAUCAGCCAUCUCUGUGCGCUUCAAAUAAACGAACACCUCAUCUUCAAAUUUUAGCCAAAAAGAAAACUAGUGUCUCCAGCUCUCCUUCUGUGAGUAGAAGUUCAAAAACAAAAGACAAGACAGAAACUCUAGCGGAGAGCAAUAGCACUGAGAAAGAUGUUUUCAAAGUGGAAAACAGCAAAGUGAUUGUAGCUGUGCGUGUACGGCCUUUCAGUAACAGAGAGAAAAAUGAAAACUCACUCCCUGUAAUCUCCAUGAGUGGUUCAGAGACAGCUGUACGAAAUCCAGCCACAAACCAAGUUUACAGCUUCAGUUAUGACUUCUCUUUCUGGUCUUUUGACAAGUGUCAUCCUAAUUUUGCAAGCCAAGCGAUCAUUUAUAAAACUUUGGCAGUGCCACUCCUAGAAAGAGCUUUUGAGGGAUAUAACACUUGUCUUUUUGCUUAUGGGCAGACUGGUUCUGGAAAAUCAUACACGAUGAUGGGCUUUGAUGAAGACAGAGGAAUAAUUCCAAGACUUUGUGAAGAUCUUUUCACUCAAAUAGCACAAAUGGACAAGCAACAGAUUUUGUAUCAUCUUGAAAUGAGCUUUUUUGAAGUAUACAAUGAGAAAAUUCAUGAUUUGCUUGUCUUUAAAGCUGAAAGUGGACAGAAGAAACAACCACUUCGUGUAAGAGAACAUCCAGUGUUAGGACCAUAUGUGGAAGGCCUGACAGUGAAUGUUGUCAGUUCUUAUUCUGAUAUCCAGAGUUGGCUUGAACUAGGAAAUAAGCAGAGAGCAACAGCUGCAACAGUAAUGAAUGACAAGAGCUCUAGAUCUCAUUCUGUCUUCACCCUUGUCAUGACGCAAACCAAGGUCGAAUUUGUGAAUGAAGAACAAUGUGAUCAUAGCCUUACCAGUCACAUAAAUCUAAUUGAUCUGGCUGGCAGUGAAUGCUGCUCAACAGCUCAGACCACUGGAGAAAGGCUGAAGGAGGGUGUGAGUAUCAAUAAAUCACUGUUAACCCUUGGAAAGGUUAUUUCUGCACUCUCUAAACAAUCUCGAAAUGGAAAGAAAACUUUCAUUCCUUACCGGGAAUCUGUCCUUACUUGGUUGUUAAAGGAAAGUCUUGGUGGAAAUUCACAAACUGCUAUGAUUGCCACAGUCAGUCCAGCUGCCAGCAGUACAGAAGAAACACUCAGCACUCUUCGCUAUGCAAAACAAGCUUGUUCAAUUAUCAAUAUUGCUAAAGUAAAUGAAGAUGUGAAUGCCAAGCUAAUCAGAGAAUUGAAAGCUGAAAUUGAAAAACUGAAGGCAGCUCAGAAAAGUGCUCUGAACACUGAUCCUGAAAAAUACAGACGUUAUUUGCAGGAAAUAACAUCUUUGAGGGUAAAAUUGCACCAGCAGGAGAGGGACAUGGCAGAAAUGCAAAGGGCCUGGAAAGAAAAAUUUGAACAAGCGGAGAAAAGGAAAUUAGAAGAUAUAAAAGAAUUGCAGAAAGCAGGAAUUGCAUUCAAAAUGGACAAUCAUUUACCAAACCUUGUCAAUCUCAAUGAAGAUCCUCAGCUUUCUGAGGUGCUGUUGUAUAUGAUCAAAGAAGGAGAAACUACAGUUGGAAGGUAUACACCAAAUUCGAAACAUGAUAUCCAGCUUUCCGGAGUGCUAAUUGCUGAUGACCAUUGUGUUAUAAAAAAUACUGCUGGCAAAGUGAGUAUUAUUCCACUGAGAGAAGCAAAGAUAUACGUAAAUGGGAAAUGCAUUUUAGAGCCAACAGUUCUGCAUCAUGGUGAUCGAGUGAUCCUUGGGGGAGACCAUUAUUUCAGGUUUAAUCAUCCAGUAGAAGUUCAGAAAGUUAAAAGGCCAUCCUGUGGGACUACGUUUUUGCAUGAUGGUCCAAAAGAUUUUGAAUUUGCAAAGAAUGAGCUGCUUAUUGCACAGAGAACACAGCUUGAAUCAGAAAUUGAAGAGGCACGACUCAAAGCCAAGGAAGAAAUGAUGCAAAGUGUCCAAAUUGCAAAAGAGAUGGUUCAGCAAGAACUGAACUCACAAAAAGAAGCUUAUGAAAGCAAAAUAAAAUCACUGGAAGCAGAGGUGAGAGAAGAAUCUCGUAAGAAGCAAAUCCAAGAACUGAAUAACCAAAAAGCUGCAACUAAAAUACAGGAGCUAGAGAAGGCAAAGCAAAAUCUUGAGCUAGAAUUGAACUUCAAUAAGAAGCGUUUAGAAAUGGAGACCUUAGCUACCAAGCAGGCUCUAGAGGAUCAUACUAUUCGUCAUGCAAAGAUACUUGAAGCUCUGGAAGCUGAGAAGCAGAAGAUUGCUGAAGAAAUACACACUCUUCAGAAGAAUCGUGGAAGUGGGAAUAAAACUAUGACUAUUCCACUUAACUGGAAUUCUCUGAAGCUAUCUGUGAUGAUCAAAGAGGCCAACGCCAUUAGUAAUGAAUUAGGGAAAAACACUGUUUUCUCCAGGCACGACAAAAUUGAUGAUAAAACAGGAACAGUGUCUUCUGUUCAGGUGCGGGUUCGUAACAUCAAACUGGGAAUAGCAACUUUCUGGAGCCUAGAGAAAUUUGAAUGCAAACUAGCAGCAAUGAAAGAACUCUAUGAGAGUAAUGAUAGCAAUAAGGCUGCUGAUGUAUUUUAUGACCCUGCUGAUGAGUGGGAACCUGACCUUUCAGACGGCUCAGUUUUCUCUCUUUCCAGAAGAAGAAGUAGAAGUUUCAUGAAGAACAAGAGAAUUUCUGGAUGUUUGUCUGACAUAAAAUUGCAACCAAUUCAGACUAUACAGACUUCCUAUAUAUCAGGUUCACAGAAUAAGUCCAGCAUAUGCCCAAGCUUUUCUGAAUCAUUUCUUCCUGGAAUUUGCAAAGAAUCUAUAAGUUCAGCUUUAGAUUUACUGGAACAGAAUCACGAAGGAGGAAAGAGCAUAGCAGAUAGUCUCCUAACUAAUUUGUUUAUCAUUUUCUCUGGAGUGUCUGCCAUUUCAAAAGCCUAUGAACAGCAAGAUGAAGAAUGUCAGGAAAACUUUUUCUCUCUUGAUCGUGCUGCUCAGUCCUACAGCAUCAGAAUUAUCUCUGCUUUUGACCGGCUUGUGGUUUUAACCAAGCUCUGGCUUAACAAUGUCCAAAAGUGCCCUGGAUCUAUGAAAGUUGAUGAAGAAAUAAAACAGGAAGUAAAGAACUUGGGAGGUUAUUUACAGUUACUAUUGCAGGGAUGUUCUUCAGAUAUAUCCUCGAUGGUAACAGAAGCAUGGAGCAAAGUAAACCAAACAAUAAAACAAACAAUGAAAUACAUAGGACACUUGGCAGUCGUCACAAGAGCUGAUAUUUCAUUUUCUGAAGAGAACAACAUUCCUGCAACUAGUCUACAGGAAGACUUUGUACUUGCCAUUUAUGAUGGAGUAGGCUCAGGGCUGGAGUAUGUCAUUGAUACUGUACAGGAAAAAGCAAGAAUGGUGCAGAAAGAACUCGUGAAACAAUAUCCACAAAAUGAGAUUCAAAAUCGAAUAAAGGAUAACGUUGUGGCAUUAGCCAGAUUCCUUGAAAAUAACAUCUCUUAUUGCAGAAAGAAAGAAAUAGAAUCUCAAUUACCAGAAGAAUAUUUAUAUCAGGAAAUAAAGAAAAGCACUAACAUUGCUGCGAAAUAUUUGGAAUUGGAGCAGUGCUUAGCUGAAGUCUGUCAAAUUGUUUCUUCUAUGUUACAAGGGUCAUACAGAAACACAAGCCCUCUGAAGAGCUUUGCAGAAAAGAUUUGUGUCAUAGCUGGAUAUUUUAACAACUAUUUCAGUUUAUUUGCAUUGUCUUCUACUUCUGCAAACAAUCCUAUCCAGAAAAUACCCAUGCCUUUCAUGAACUUGGAUGAAUUGGACUCUCUGGUUGAUUCCCUUAUUAUGAAUUUUGAACUUGAACAAGGACAACCAUCACUGAAAUCUCGAGCUCUUUUUAAUGAAACUACUGAGACUCAAGGAGGACAGGUUGAAACAGGUGAAGUUGAAUUUGCUUGGAAGUGCAAGGGGAUUCCAAAACACACACGCAAACUCCAGUCUUCAUCUCCAUUUCCUGCAGAGCUUUCACCUGAUACGAUACAGUGGGUAUAAAAUGCUAUUAUGAAGAAAUUCAGGGAAACUCUUUCCCUUUACAUGAAGGGAAAGUAACAUAUCACAAAAAGCUAAAAUUUAUUGCUAAUGUUAUUAGUAAGUGGUGUGAAAGUAAACGACAUGAUUGUUUGAGGAUAAGUGCCCUAAAUGUCACAAGAAAAAAUGGAAUUUCUUAAGGGGCUGUUAGACUUUAAAAUACAGUGCCUUUUGUUUUAAUAAAAGUCUAUUAUUACCUAAGCCUAUAAGAAAUAAUUUAAUGCAGUAAGUAAAAAAUCUCUUGGAGAUAAUAUGAAUGGAGAAACUAAAAACUGUUAGGGAAUAACUAGGAAACACAGUAAACACUUGGUAGGACACUCACACCUCUUAAUCUUAAACCUUUGACUUAGAACUCUUGUGUAACAGUGGAAGGAAAUUCCUUUGAAGGGCAUUUGUAACAUACAUUUCUGUUACAUACAGUUAGAUAAGAAGACUGCCUUCCUAUCUUAGACACUUGAAAGGUAGAUGAUGUGGGUACCAAUUUUUUUUGUUGACAUCAUUGCUUCACCUCUGCUGCAUUAUGAUCUAGUAGUGCUACUGCAACUUUAAAGUGUUUUUUGUACCUUUCAUUUCUUUAAAUGUCAACCUCUUUUUUUUUUUUUUUUUAAACAAAGCAAAAACUUGUAUUUAUUUCUGUAGGGGAAAACUGAGAGAUGGUAAAAGUACUUUACAACCUUAUCUGAUGAAUGCUUUUUUAAGUGGCUUUGUAGUCCAUUGAAAAAUCUGAGCUUCAAUGAUGGUGCUCUUCAACUCGAUCUGAAGUAAGUUCAUGUUGAGUGUUGUUGCUAGUAAACUCUUUUGAUUGUUCACAACAGUUUCAGUACUAUUCAUAGUGGAUUAGAAGCAUAGCUCUUCCUAAAUAAUACGCAAGUCAUCCCAUGAGGUUGUAGAGAACUUUCCCAAUCAACUAUUUCCUUGUACUUUUUACUGUAGUCAUCAUUUAACCUCUUACCUUUAGUCUGCUGGCUGAAGCCAGUGAAAAUUAACAGCAAGGAUGAAAAUGAACUUGAAUUGUUAUUCUUUGAUAGUAGGUUCUGGGAGGCCUGGACCUAGCACAUUUUACUCACAACAGUGCUGAGAAAUUCAUAAGCUAAAACCUAAGUGUUUUCCUAUCUAUCAAAGUUUCCAAGCCAGAUAUUCAUAGCUAUCAACUUUCCUUCUGAGGGAAGAUGCUCAACAUCUUGAGAAUUUCAGCCUUUGAGAACAUGUCAGGCUCUUAGAACUGUUUUCUGUGAAAAGACUACAGUAAAGAGAGUCUAUCAUCCUUUUCCUUUGAAAACUUUCACACUAUACUUAUAACUGAUGCUGUUAUUCAGCGAUUUUGCGCUUUUCUGAUUUGGAGGAAAUGGAGAAAGGUAAUUUAUGCUGAACCAGUAACCCACAUAAGUUUUUCUUAAGACUAGUAUACCUUAAUACUUUGUCAAAAAAUGUCUUGCAGUACAGUCCUGCCAUCAAAAAUAUUCAGCAAUUUUUAUUGCAGCUAAUAGUUUCCUUCUCACGAGGUGUGAUGUUGCUUAAUCACCUUCCUACUGUAAAGGCCUUUACAAGUCUGCUCAAGGGUUAACAAAGUAUGUUCAGUUGUUCAGAUUUUUAUGCUUUAAAAGUGAAGAGAAACCUGGUAUAUUUCUACUUCUGUAAAUGUAUUAUUUUGUAUUUGGCUGAAAGUUUUAAAAACAUAACUGGUUCUUCUGAAUCAUGUAUCUAAGCAUGGGCAUUGUAAAGCGUAAAACUAGAUCAUGUAACUCAUCACCAAUUUUUACAACUUUAAGUGUAAAUUCCUCGUCAGUUUUCUUCUGUAUACAGUUGUUCUUGAGACCUUCCUUUGUCACUGAGAGUACUGCUUC